GUGAGUGGGGCAGAGAGAGAUAAUUGGCAGAGAAGGCGACGCGGCUGCUACAUACACCUUUGUGUAAUGACGUCACGGGAACGAGGGCUCGGAAACUCUUGUGGCCGCAAAAGGCAGGAUGUUGCAGUGGUGACAGCGGGGAACAAAAUGUCUGGAGGCUGGAAGCAGGGACCCCAAGUGGCUGUUCAGGAGCAGUGUGACAACACUAAAGAAAUAAAGAAGAGACGAUCCAGUGAAACAGAUGUCCCUGAUCGUAUCCAUCAAGAAGUGGAAAGUUGCUAUCAGCUCAAGAUGCCCGAAGACUUCUAUCACUUCUGGACGUUUUGUGAGAAACUGGAUCCUGACAUGCCAUGUGAUGCACUUAAAUCAAGCAUUGGACUUCAGCUAGUUGGACCAUAUGACAUUCUUGCUGGAAAACACAAAAAAGCAAAUAGAUCAGAAGAUGUGGACUUCAAUCUUCACUGGAGGUUUUUUUUUGAUCCUCCUGAAUUCCAGACUAUCAUUAUUGGAGACAGUAAAAUGCAAUAUCAUAUGGGGUAUUUCAGGGAUAUGCCAGAUGAACCUCCAGUGUGUGUUGGUGAAAAUGAAGCCAAGAAAGGCUGUACAAUUUCUCAAGUUGGUGACAAUAUAUUUGCUGCUGUAAAGUUAUUUUUGACCAGAAAGCUUAAGGAAUUGACUGAUAAAAAGAAAAGCGGCAUUUUGAAAGAUUUAGAUGAAAAAUUAACGAAAACAGCAAAAGAAUUGGGUUAUUUGUUGGAGCAAAAAACCAUGAAGAUGAAACAGAGAGAUAAGAAAGUGGUAACCAAGACAUUUCAUGGAGCUGGUCUAGUUGUCCCUGUAGAUAAGAAUGACGUUGGGUACAGAGAACUUCCUGAAUCAAAUGCUAGCCUCAAAAGAAUCUGUAAAGCCAUUGUAGAUGCUCCUAAUGAUGACCAAAGACUGAAAGCCUUUGCCCCUAUUCAGGAAAUGCUAACUUUCAUUCAAUUUGCCAAUGAUGAAUGCGAUUAUGGAAUGGGAUAUGAACUGGGCAUAGACCUCUUCUGCUAUGGGUCGCAUUACUUUCACAAGAUUAUUGGCCAGUUGCUGCCUCUUGCUUACAACUUGCUGAAGAAAAAUCUAUUUGCAGAGAUCAUUGAAGCUCAUUUAGCUAAUAGAAAAGAAGAGAAUGUAGACAGACUUGCAGCAUGACAUACAUUUAAGUAUAAUGACGUAUGAAGGCCUUUGGUUUUAUUUUUUUAAUUUUAUGUUUUGUAGUUUCUAUAUGCAAUAAACAAACAUUUUUCUAAACAA